AUUAUUCCUAUCUGUCAAAUUAAACUCGUAAAUAAAAGUAUUCCGUCGCAAAUUUUCAUUACAUACGGAAUUUUCAGGAAAACACCAACAGAAAUGAAGUGAAGUGUGAUUCAAAAUUGGAGAUUUCGGAUUUGUUGUUAAGAAAUUCCAAAACAUAUUUUGUUCUGAACAAUUUGAACCAAUUUUGCUGUUUCCACAAGUAAAGAGGCAAUAUUAAGGAUGCUGCGACCAACACUACUGCGACACGCCCGACGCGCACACACAUCGGCUUCUAAGAACAAUCCACAUCUGGAUGAAAUAAUUAGAGUCGAUCACGCUGGAGAGUUAGGAGCUGACCGCAUAUAUGCCGGUCAGAUGGCAGUUUUGGGUACGUCAAAGGAAGGACCUCUGAUCCAACACAUGUGGGAGCAAGAGAAGAAACAUCGACAGAAAUUUGAGGAACUCAUUUCCAAGUACCGAGUCCGACCAACUGUUAUGACACCGCUGUGGAAUAUAGCUGGCUUCGCACUUGGAGCAGGCACAGCCUUACUCGGCAAAGAAGCAGCCAUGGCUUGUACAGUAGCAGUAGAGACAGUAAUAGUUGACCACUACAAUGACCAGCUUCGAACUCUAAUGGAGGACCCUCAGAUUGACAAGGAGAUACUGGACACCAUCACCCAGUUCCGCAAUGAGGAGCAGGAGCACCACGAUACAGGAAUCGACCAUGGAGCAGAACAAGCACCGUUCUAUCAGGCCCUUACUGAAGUUAUUAAAACAGGAUGCAAAGUGGCUAUUGCUAUAUCAAAGAAGAUAUAAUAUAAUAGAUAUAGAUAAUGGAAAAGGCAUAUUUUUGUAAAUAUAGAAAUAAAUAUUAGUUUGCUUUAACACUUUUUUAUUGAUAACCUAACCUGGGUACGACUCAAAACUCGUAGAAACAAUAAGAGCUCUUCAGUGGCCUCAGUGAGUGACUAUGUGCGCAUUUGAGACACAGUUUAGUGAAUGAAACCAACAUGUCAAGUCCACGGCGUGAAAACAUCACACGGCUGAUCACCUACUUGCCGAUUUUUUGCUGAAACCGUUUCAAACAUCUGAGGCCCAAACCUAGAAAGUUUAGCGCCACUGUUUUUUUUUUCUGCAUACAAUAAAUGGGCCGGUAAUAAUGUAAAACAAAAGACGAAUAGAAGUGCUUUGUUCGCUUGUGAUUGGUCAACAAUAUCUACGUACACGCGACAUGAUAUUACCAAAAAUAAUCGAAUAAAACGGUUGGUCUUACGUCUUGCAUUUUCAGCUUCCAAUUUAGGAAACAACACUUUAACGUUAAGGCAAGCGUUCAGUAGCAGUGUUUGGUACUAAAUGUUAAGGGGCUUGUGUUAUAUUUACAAUUGAGCCAUUGUCGGAAAAUCUUAGCAGCGCACCACGCGUUUUUGAACUAAAUGCUAAACUUCAACGUUCAUCGACCUGAAUUCAUAUAUUGUAUAGUUUUCGUUGAAUACCACAAAAAAGUAGAAUAUUUGUUACUGUUUUAAUAACACAUGACUGAAAAAGUUUGCGCUAAGAAGAAAAACAGACUUUCGAUUAAUUUUAAUGCAGCCAUAUUGUUCCAAUAAUAUAGUUCACGGAACGUUGGCGCUCGGUCCGCUAAGUUCUUUGACAAAAUCUUAUAAGACAAAAACAGUAAUUUAAUUAUUAACUAGCUAUUUCCUUGCAACUUCAACAAUACUUUGGGUUGCUAAAUUGUAUACAUUUAUAUUUUUGGUUUGUCGAAUAAAAGGUUACCAAAUGA